ACAUUCUUUAAAAGAUGCACGAAACGAAUCAAAAUCCUCCAUGGUUCGCUCUGUCCGGUGUCCAAACAUUCCGUUACACAGAUCCCUCUCGUCUCCUACAGCACCACCCCCACACCAGAGACCUAGUCCACCAAAAAGACUCAAUUACCCCUCCUGUGUUUCAUCUAUUACAGCUCUGCUUUCCCACCCAGAACUAACUUCUUCGCCUCCGUUACUUUUAGAGGCGGAGAAACCCAAGGAUUUCGAAGUUCAAAUCAGGAAUGUGGGUUUCAAGGAUUUGAAAAGCUUCUUUUUUUUUUUUUUUUUUUUUUUUUUUUUUUUUUUAGAAAGAAGAGAAGACAGUAUUUUUGACUUCGCGUUUGGGAUGAUGUGGUUUGUUCUGAAAUUUCAUUUGGGCCUUUGAUUCUCGUUUUCAUUUGAUUAAAUUCUAUGCGGGUUUCUCGAGAAAAUUGGAUUUUUCUGUUUGGGUUUUGUAGAUGGGCAAGAUUUUCUUUUUGGGUUCUUUCAUAUUCUUUGUCCUGAUUAGCGUGUAGGUUUUUGAUUGUUGGUGAUGUUGUGUAUAUACCGUCAGUGAAGAAUUGCAGUUCAUUCUAUUAUGUCAAUUUUUUUUUUGGUAUUCAAUUCUGUCAGUGGUAUUGAAUGAGUUUGGGAGGUACUGAAGAUUACAAAUUCAUUUGGAGAAUUUUGACUCUCUCAUAACCAAGCUGGCAAUUGAGGAAGUUUUGAUCAGGUUCUGAAGUUGGAGAUUCUUGGAUGUUUUUACUCUGGUCAUUAUAAUAUUGUCUUUCACUAUGUCGGGUGGUACACCGGUUGCCGGUGGAUAUAUGAGACAGAGGCAUAGUCAGGGCUAUGCUUCAAGUGGUGAUGAUCUUGAGGAUGAUGCAUGCUCGAAGCUUCGCCCUUCCUCGCCGCCAAUUCCGAGAGUUUGGACCCGGGUUGAGAUCUUGGAGAAUGUUCUUUGGCUUGUCUCAGCAGCUUUCAUUGUAUAUUAUGGUGAUAGGAACUCCAAUAUGAUAUAUCUCCUGUGGCAUGAUGAUCGAAUUAGAAGAAUGCCCUUAUACCUUGGAAUGGUCUGUGUGGCUUUGAAUGUUAUAAUCUUUUGUUAUACAAGCAUGCUAGCAUACAGUGCCAGGAGAUUUGAUGAAAAAUGGGAAAUAACUAGUAUAACCGCUUUGCCAUUUGUUACACUACUUGGGCUGAUCUCCUUUUGCUUUUUCUCCUAUGCAUUGUGGCCAAUUUGGAGUUACUUGACGCUUCCUCUUCUGUUCACAAUGUUUAUGGCAUUCAUGGUUAUAUUUCCCUACUUUGUAAUUGGGACAUUUAGGUCACAAAAUGAUGCGCUCCGUACAGAUUAAGGUCCGUCCGGAUUCAAGAGAAACAAUACUGAUGGUAUACAUGAAGAGCUUUGGACUCAGGCAUGGAUGGUUAGUUGCAUCUGUUGUGGAUUGCCUCUCUUUGUAUGGAUAUGCUUCUCUGAUGCCAUAUCUUGCCAAACUGGUGCAAAUGGAAACAAAGUUGAUUGCCUUUUAAUCAAUCAGCUUUCAUUUUUACACGUCAACCUUACUUUGACACUUUCGGCUUGAUGAUACAACCAUAGAGUUCCAUAUAUAACCUCUACUAGACUAGUUGACGUGAUUUUGUAUUUCCAACUGCCAGUGCUGAGUUGAGCAUUCUCGGGAUAACCUUUUUGUUAUAUUAUCUUUUAACAUUUGAAGCUCUUUAUUUGUUCCGUAUUGUUUCAUCUUUGGAUUCAAAUAUAGGCUUUUUUUUUUUCGUCAUA